GGGUCGACGCCGUAGUGGUGGCAGGGCCAAGCGGCGUCGGCAAGGGAACCAUCAUCCGGAAGCUGAUGGAAUUAUUCCCACAACAGUUCGGUCUUGCGUGCAGCCACACGACCCGCGGACGGCGCGAGGGGGAACAAGAAGGGGUACACUACCACUUUACCUCGCUCGACACGAUGAGAGAGGCCGUGGCGAAAGGAGAGUUUAUCGAGCAUGCGGAGGUGCACGGUAACCUGUACGGCACGAGCGUGGCUGCCGUAGGUGACGUUUCGAAGAGGGGUCAGGUGUGCUUGUUGGACAUUGACAUUCAGGGGGUCAAGACCGUCAAGGCCUCUCCGCUGAGGCCCAAGUACGUCUUCAUCGCACCGCCUAGCAUGGAGGUACUGGAGAAUCGUCUGCGAGAUAGGGGAACGGAGAGCGAGGAAUCCCUGUCGACGCGGUUACACAACGCCCGGGAGGAAGUCGACUACGGCACAACAGAGGGUAACUUUGACCUUGUGGUGGAGAACGACGACCUCGACCAGGCCGUCAGAAACCUCAGCGGCCGCCUGGCGGAGUGGUUCCCCAAGAUAAAAAGAGCGGCCGGGGAGUCGCUCGCGUAGUCUGCCUGUUGCAUGGGACGGCGCGAUAAACAAAGUAGAAAAGUUACAGGGCGUGUACCGAAGAACACCUAGAGAUACAUGGGGAGGUAUCAUACGGCCGAGGGGCCUGAAAAAUGAGCCACCUGCUCGCGGGCAACUAACCCACUGGGUGGAAGCAAGGAAAAGCAGGGGGCGGCGUGGACGUGAGACGAGGGGGNGGGGGGGGGGGGGGGGGGGGGGGGGGGGGGGGGGGGGGGGGGGGAGGAGGCAGGAGGCAGGAGGCAGGAGGAACUUGGAGGUUCACCGGAUGGGAUUGACUGUCGGCCGAUGGGGUGGAAUUGCACCCUCCAAGUGGGCCGGGGGGGGGGCUGCGAGGACAGUGCCACACAGAAAAUGGUGACGACAGCAUUGCCGUAAGGGAGGCGGGGAGGGGGGGGCACGAGGGAAAUUUUCGCUCCUCCCAUGAAAGUCAGAUGUUUUUCCUUCCUCUUGGACUCGAGGUGCACCAUGUUUCCGAGGCAGCGGAUGGCAUCGAUCAAUCUCACAAAGGAUGGAUAAUAGGGAUGGGUCGUCUGCUUAAACAAGAAAAAAAACAUGCCGGAGAGGAGGGGCGGCGGGAGUAGAGCGAGCUUGUCCGGACGGGUUGAUGGAAUAGAAUGUGAUGGAGAGGAAUGGAGUGGAAUGGAACGGAAACGGUUCUCAUGCUAGGCCCGACGGGUUUAUCCCAUUUCUUGAAGCGGUUACUUUUUGUGCAGUGUUAUUUCAUUCAUUUAUGAGAGGGAGACAUCUGUGAGGAUGAAGGCCAGAGCGAAGAAGGCUAUAUGCUUAGAGCGAGAGAGGCAUGUGGAGAGGGCAUGCUCAGGGGUCUUGUUUUCAUGCUUCGUCUUGUAUAUGCACCGGGUUGGUGAACAUCGGCGGUUGGUUUGCUGCUGUUUGUGAUAAAGCCACUUCAAAUCUGUGGGUUUGAAGUGCUUGUCUGAAGACAGACGAAGGCGCUCUGUCGAUUUUUUUGCUUUGUGCCCCGUCGGCAUGUUCGCCGAGCUUCGGUGCGCGGUGACCGGGCUGCUUGUUUUCUUGUACCCGAUCAAGCAAGCGCGAAACAAGAAAGGGCAAGCGGUGUGAAGCCGACGUGAAUUCUACUGGAUGGGGCGUGAAGAGGCAGCGUGGUGUGGUCGAUUCGUCUAGUCGAGGAGGACGAUGCGUGGUCGUUGUGUGUUGCACGUUUAUCAAGAUUCGUUGGGGGUUACAUGCGGUGUUUUAAAGAGCGCUGAUGCCGGGUGUUACAACGUGGGCUGGCCUUUGCGCUGUAGUCGCGGGGGGUGUGGGUGUCGUCAGGGA